AUGCCUGAUAUAAGUUUUUCGACUGUUAGAAGAGAUGUAACUACUAAUGUUGACCUAGGCUGUUUAAAUGUAAGUGAUGAUAUUGAACGUGAACUUCGUGAUAAAAUUUCGUUAUUGGACCGUUCAAAUGGUACUGAUGACUUUCGUCAGAAAUGUGAAGAAAUAAAUAAUUUUUUAGAUGAACAAAAGGAUGUUUAUAAGGUGUGUUAUCAACACAGUUACAAACAAAGGUUGUGGUAUAUUCCGAAAAUAAUCGAGGAAUUAUUAUCAAAAUCUACGAAAUAUCCUAAAUGUCCUCAACGAUGGACAUCGGAACCAGAAAAAGCCACUAAAUUGACAGUUAAAGAGGAAAAAUCACAUGAUAAAAAUGAAAAACCUGAAACAAAAACAAAAGCAGAAAAUGUUUCUGAAUUACCUCAAAACUCUGCAAUACCAAGAAGUGCAGAUGCAACUCCUGAUUUAGGAACUGAACAAAAAGCAGAUCGUCCUAAUGCAUCUCCUGCUGUUGAGGCGCUUCCCCCAAAUCAAUCUUCUUCACAUGAUUCCCAAAUUACAGAGGAAAAUGCUGUUAAAUAUGCUAUUAUAAUAUAUGUUAAUGAGGAUAGUCUAGUUUUACCCAACGUGCCUGACAAUCAUGCGUUGGGUGAUACGAAAUUUUGUGUUGGAAAUUUUGAUAAGGUUGAAAAAGAUGAUACGUUAUGUUAUGGUGAUGGGUCUGUUAAAUAUGUAACACUCGAACAUGAACCAGAUGAUGAAAAUCCUGAUGAUUAUGUUACAUUUAAGCUACUUUCUAAAUUAAGUUCACAUAAUCCAGAUAAUAAAUCUAGACCAACAAAUAUCCCUCAGCCGAAUAACUGCAUUGCUAAUUCUCAGCUAGCUGCUUCCACGCCACUCCCAUCUGUUGAACCUCAUUGA